AUGAUCUGGUUCCAUCCAACCUGUUUUCGCAUUUUCAGGGCUACUUAUGAACCAUCCGAGGAGCCCUCAGUGAAACAUUUGGAAGUAUUUGCCGGUGCGACGAAGCCUGUUUAUCAACCUCUCUGCUCAGAGCAUGAGGCUGCUGCGUCUACCUUAGAAGGACUUCUCAGCAAACAUACUGCACCCAUCAUGCAGAAUUGCUUUAGUCAGGAAUUGCUGGAGCGCUUGCCUCUCGAGAUUUUGCUCAUGAUUUCCGAACUCAUUGGGCCAUGUUGGUACCUGACAGUUCUCGGGGAGAGCCGUCGACUCAUUGAGCACCAGAUACGGGACGGUGAGAUUCAGGAUCCCGAGGUCGACAUUUCCCGAGAUGUGUGGAUGUCAAGGGUCAAUUACAGGGGAAACUCAUACGUGGUACGGCUCAGCAACACUCCACUGAAGCCUACAACUUCUUCUCGCGUAUCCCACGUAAAACUGCCACGAGAGAUCCAGAAAAUAGUUCUGUCAACAGACAGUAUCGGCUUGCGGGGGGUCCAGUUUUUGGACGACAGAGCUACCCCAACACGGGAUGGAUCACCAUGGUACGAGAUACUCGAUGCGCAGCAUUUGCCACGUAAGAUUCACGUGAACUUCGAUGGACUUUUUGUGAGGGAGGUUCGGCUCGCUGCCUGCGAUUCACCUUCCGCAUCAAUAAUGUGGUCCAGCCCUUAUCCACCGACCUUCCACUCACGGAACUUUUACGCCUGUCGUAAGAAGCAUCGACUACACUACAUGGAGCUUGGACCUCAGGUACAAGGUCUUCUUGUCUGCUCGUCAGCCGGUCAGACUAUCGGCAUCCACGCUUUUUCAGGUACAAACAAACCGUUCCAGGACUUUCUCGAUUCGGCACAUCAACGCGUAAAAGAAAGCAUUAAGCAUUGGAUUUACUUCCCCCUCAACAGCAAUGAAAGAAUCAGCGGUGCUUGGGUCCGGAAGUUGAAAAUGUGCCAAGGACCAGCAGCCAGUCCUACCUUGGUUCUGCGCACCUGCCUAGGCAGAACCGUGACCUUCGGGACCUAUUUCCCAUCUCGCAUCACUGACCAACUCGAAUAUUACGCGCUGAUGAGCAGCUAUGACGGCUGUGUUUCAGGGUUGUUUCACGAUGGAUUUGAUCCAGCGUACAAAUUUAUAUCCGAAUAUGGAGUCACCUGUGAUGAUACCGACCACAGCGACAUUUCAGUUCCCCCACCCCUGCAUGCAGAACUGGAGCUUCCGGAAAUCCCUCCCGGGCGAGGUUCCAUUUCAUCCACAUGGUACAUGACAAAAGUGUCCUUGCGAGGCCUUACCAAAGUGCAGGUAUGCAGGGAUCAUGCUCAAGCACAUCAGCCUUAUGUGGGUUUCCUGAUGUUCUAUGAGGAUGGACACAUGGAGGCUAGUGGGCAAAUACGCUGGGAUUACGGCCUGGAUGACGAAGUCAGCUGCCCAGUAGUCGUUAAACAGGGGGUCGUUGGUGAGCGAGGAUUCAUCAGAGAUAUCCGUACUGCGCGAGACAAUUUAGAGAGUGAAGCAGGGCCAAGUGUAUGGCAACUUCCCGAGACGGGUUUCAUUGUUUGGUGGUUUAGCCACCUGGGUGAUAUGAUUGAGCCAUCGCGAUCAGGCAUUGCAAUGGCACGGGGGCUGUGUUUCUCGUCCACCAAUCAGCGACAACCAUGAUGUUGCUUGCGAAAACCAUAGGCUGUGAGAGAAUGCGGGAAAGUAAUGCGCACAAGGGUCCUCCAUUCCAUUCUCAAAUGAGAGUGUCCCACUCACAGUAGCCGCUGGCGCUGGCCUAGGAAGGGGGUUUGUCCGAGUGCUAGAUAUGUCGCGAGGAGAUGAGAAGUAGUAUCAAGUGUACGCAGUAGGCC